CCAUCUCCGACAAUCGCUCCAUUGUUUUCGUGACAGGGAUAGGAAGGCUGCUGGGAAAAGAUGGCAGCUUCCUUUUGUGUGUGGGGAUUUACAGUACUCCGAGGAGGGAUUUAAAGACAUUCUUCAGUGGAAACACGAAUCUCCAUCGCAUGCUGUGGAUUAUUCAGACACUUUGGGCAGGAGAACAUGGAGAAGAGCGGGAGUAUCGACAGUUUGGGAUCGAAACGCUCCUCUUCCCGACAGCCAAGUGUUGAUUCAUUGUCCAGUGCUUCCACUUCUCGCUCUGACCGGUCUGCUCAGGCCAAGCCCCCCUCAGCUAUGUCCUCUGAGUCUGUGUCCACCUCUGCAGAGCUCUCCCCGGAGCUCAGGGUUAAACCCAAAACCCUUGCCAAGAAGGUGCUGAGAGAUUCAGACAAAGAGGAGCCACAGUUGCUUCCAAAUGAAACGGUGCAAGACAUGGCCCAAGACGUCACCUACUUCUGUCCUUUCAUUGGUGCACUGAGGGGCACAGUGACAGUCACCAACUACAGACUUUUCUUUAAAUGCAUGGACAGGGAGCCAGCUUUUGUGCUGGACCUGCCACUUGGGGUGGUGAGUCGUGUGGAAAAGAUAGGAAGUGCAUCAACCCGUGGUGACAUGUCCUAUGGGCUGGUUUGCAAGGACAUGCGUAAUCUACGAUUUGCUCACAAACACAUGGAGGACACACUCAGGAAGUCCAUUUUCGAAGUGCUGAUGAAAUUUGCGUUUCCUGUUUCCAACGGACUGCAAAUCUUUGCCUUUGAAUAUGGGCAAGUCUUUCCUGAAAACGGAUGGAAGGUGUAUGACGCUAUCUCGGAAUACAAACGACAGGGUAUACCCAACGAAAGCUGGAGGCUAACAAAAGUAAACGAUCACUAUGAGGUUUGUGACACCUACCCAUCAACUCUUGCGGUGCCCGUCAACAUCCCGGACGAAGAGCUGAAGAGAGUGGCUGCCUUCCGUGCAAAAGGAAGGAUACCUGUGUUGUCAUGGAUUCAUCCAGAGAGCCAGGCAACGGUGACACGCUGCAGUCAGCCCAUGGUUGGGGUAAACGGGAAGCGCAGCAAAGAGGAUGAGAAAUACCUCCAGGCGAUCAUGGAUGCUAAUGCUCAGUCUCACAAACUCUUCAUUUUUGAUGCCAGGCCUAGUGUCAAUGCCGCUGCCAACAAGAUGAAAGGGGGUGGUUAUGAAAGUGAGGAUGCGUAUCAAAAUGCUGAGCUGGUGUUCUUGGAUAUACACAACAUCCACGUGAUGAGAGAGUCGCUUCGCAAGCUCAAGGAUGUGGUCUACCCCAACAUUGAGGACUCCCACUGGUUUUCCAAUCUAGAGUCCACUCACUGGCUUGAGCACAUCAAGCUGAUCCUGGCAGGAGCGCUGAGGAUUGCAGACAAGGUGGAAUCUGGGAAAACCUCAGUGGUGGUGCACUGUAGCGACGGCUGGGAUCGCACAAGCCAGCUCACCUCACUGGCCAUGCUCAUGCUGGACGGUUACUAUCGCACCAUUCGUGGCUUCGAGGUGCUGCUUGAGAAAGAGUGGCUGAGCUUUGGUCACCGCUUCCAGCUGCGUAUCGGUCAUGGUGACAAGAACCACACAGAUGCUGACCGCUCACCUGUUUUUAUUCAGUUCAUUGACUGUGUCUGGCAGUUGACUCGGCAGUUUCCUGCAGCAUUUGAGUUUAAUGAAUACUUCCUGGUCACCAUCCUGGACCACCUGUACAGCUGCCUGUUUGGGACAUUCUUGUGCAACAGCGAACAGCAGAGGUUGAAGGAAGAGAUUCCCAAGAGGACGGUGUCAUUGUGGUCUUACAUAAACAGCCAGCUGGAGGAGUUUACCAAUCCUUUGUAUGUGAACUAUUCCAACCAUGUACUCUUCCCUGCAGUCAGCUUACGUCACCUGGAGCUUUGGGUUGGUUACUACAUCCGCUGGAACCCUCGUAUGAGACCUCAGGAACCUGUUCAUCAGCGCUACAAGGAGCUGUUGGCGAAGCGUGCCGAGCUGCAGAAGAGAGUGGACGAGUUACAGCGAGAGGUGACCAAUCGGUCGGCCUCCUCUUCCUCUGAACGGGCGGGAUCCCCCACGCGCUCCAUCACUCCAGUGCAGACCUUCGUUUGACACAACCUUUUUGGUGGACACAGAAGCUGAGUCCCACCUGUGAGAAGGUGCCACACAACAGUAAUCACUAGGCCACACCUGGUGCCUCAAAGGACCUGUGUGCUAAACUUCCUCUUGGGGUGACACGCCAUAUUCAUACACCACUUCAUAGAAUCUGAUUAUGCAGAUUCCUGUAUUUGCGUCCCUUACAGGUCAUGUAUAGUCUGCUUGCAAAAGAAGAGGGUCUGUCUCAGACUGCUUCACUACAGCCAUAUUGUACUCCAUUGUUGAGAGGACGUGUAACCAGAAUAGUGAGUACUGUUAAGCAUAUCGACCUGCCUACAAUCAGUGUUGAUAAUUUUGAAGUACACUAAAAUACAUAAAAUAUGUAUGCCUUAUACACUUAAUAGGAACACUCUUUUCAUUCCUUCACACUGCAGAUGUUUGUUCCAUAUUGAUUUAAAAGCAAUACUGCAGAAAUAAUUGUGAAGGUGUACUUUGCUGCAGAAAUGGUUUUGAGCCCAAACCUGUGGUACAAAAACCAACAAAAUGGCUCAGGAGUUGUCAGAUAUUCACAAAUGUAGCUAAAGGGCUGUAAUGUUCGCUUCUAAUAGUAAAAAAGAAACAGUUGGUGGGUUGUCUUCCUGAGGCAGUUUAGAUUGUUGUGACCAAAUGUAAUUUUGUUCAUAAACAUGUAAUGUGUCAUGUGUGGCAUUCCUCUCAUUGAGUGAGUUAAUUUUUGUAAGUUUCAUUUUUCUGACAGGUUAACGUUAUUUAUUAUGCUUUUUAGUCCGGACUUAUAUUUAUGGGUCACAAACACACUCUUGUUUCAUGUCAUAAGUUGAUUAGAAAUUUCCCCUUGCAACAUUAAUAAGCUACAUGUAAUAUACAAUAGUUCAUUUGUCCCAGUCAAUAAUUAUUUACUCUAAAUGUCUGUGUGUAAGCGUUUCUUACAGACGCUUUUGAAAGCUAGUAUCAGCCAAUAUUGUUUUUAUUAGGCCACAGAAUGUGUAACAAUUAAUCAUUAUCUGUGCCUUUCUCUGAAUGACUGAUUGGGAGAAUAACAAGAGAAAAGUGUGUGCGGUCUUUAAAUGCCAAGGUUAAACGGUAUCUACAGUGUUAGUUAGGCUUCCCUCUGCAGUUAACACAGGACUUAACUUCAAGGAUCCAGUACAGCUUGUCGCAUUAGUCCAAUUUGAAAUGGUAGCAGAACCCCAGUGACAUUAGCAUUAAUUAUAUCUGAUUUUGAAUCUGAUCAAAAGAGUGCCUUUUAUUAUAUAUUAAGAGUUAUGAGUGAAAUAUACAGCUUGACUGUGUUGGAAAGUAAUAUUAGACUGCAAUGGGUCUGAAAACAUUAGCAUAGUCAUGUUCAAGUUGUUGUCAUAAUAUUAACUCAGUAGCCUUAAAUUGGCUCUAAGGCGUCCUUUACCCAUGAACAGAUUUAUUGUUCCCUUGACUUUUGUUGUUUUGAUAUUCUACAGACAACAGCAAGGUCAAACUGUACUGUCAAAUGUCAGAAUGUUAAACUAAUAAAAAAUCCUGAUAUUGCGUAGUC